GUGGGCGCUACAUUGAGGUAUUCAGGGAAAAAAACAUCCCUACGGCCAAGGGGCCCCUGAAGAGUAGUGCCAAGCCCUGGCAAGGCCGGACCCUCGGGGAGAAUGAAGAGGAGGAGGACGUGGCCGACUCCGGGAGGCUCUUCAUACGAAACCUGCCCUACACCAGCACCGAGGAGGACCUGGAGCAGCUCUUCUCCAAGUUUGGUCCUCUGUCUGAGCUUCAUUACCCGAUCGACAGCCUGACCAAGAAACCCAAGGGCUUUGCCUUCAUCACCUUCAUGUUCCCUGAGCACGCCGUGAGGGCCUACGCAGAAGUGGACGGGCAGGUGUUCCAGGGCAGAAUGCUCCACGUGUUACCAUCCACCAUCAAGAAGGAAGCCAGCGAGGAUGCGGACACCCCAGGAUCAUCGUCUUAUAAGAAGAAGAAAGAAUCUAAAGACAAAGCCAACAGCUCCAGCUCUCACAACUGGAACACGCUGUUCAUGGGCCCAAACGCCGUGGCGGACGCCAUUGCACAAAAGUACAGCGCCACCAAGAGUCAAGUGUUUGACCACGAGACCAAGGGCAGCGUGGCUGUGCGCGUGGCCCUGGGGGAGACCCAGCUCGUCCAGGAAGUGCGGCGCUUCCUCCUCGACAACGGGGUCAGUCUGGACUCCUUCAGCCAGGCGGCGGCCGAGCGAAGCAAGACCGUGAUCCUGGUUAAGAACCUCCCGGCGGGCACCCUGGCGGCCGAGCUGCAGGAGACCUUCGGCCGCUUCGGCACCCUGGGCCGCGUGCUAUUGCCUGAGGGCGGCGUCACCGCCAUCGUGGAGUUCGUGGAGGCCCUGGAGGCCCGCAAGGCCUUCAGACAUCUGGCCUACUCCAAGUUUCACCACGCCCCCCUGUACCUGGAGUGGGCUCCAGUGGGCGUCUUCUCCAGCUCAGCCCCGCAGACGAAGGAACCCCGAGAUCCCCCAGCAGGACCUGCAGAAGAGGACAGGGCGGAAGAAGAAACCUUGCCAGACAACGAGACUCCAGGAGGUGAAAAGCCAGCAGAGGGAGGAGCUGCGGACUGUCCAGAGGAGGAGGAGGAGGAGGAGAGCCUCCCCGGGUGUACUCUGUUUAUUAAAAACCUCAACUUCAGCACGACGGAGGAGACCCUGAAGGGAGUGUUUUCCAAAGUGGGGACAGUGAAGAGCUGCUCUAUUUCCAAGAAGAAGAACAAAGCAGGAGUGAUGCUCUCCAUGGGAUUUGGAUUCGUGGAAUACAGGAAGCCAGAGCAAGCCAAGAAGGCUCUCAAGCAGCUCCAGGGUCACGUCGUGGACAGCCACAAGCUGGAAGUGAGGAUCUCCGAACGAGCCACCAAGCCAGCUCUGACAUCCACUCGGAAGAAACAAGUUCCCAGAAAGCAGACAACGUCAAAGAUUCUGGUGCGCAACAUCCCGUUCCAGGCUGACAGCCGGGAGAUCCGUGAGCUCUUCAGCACCUUCGGGGAGCUGAAGACCGUCCGCUUGCCGAAGAAGAUGACCGGGACAGGCACACACAGAGGGUUCGGCUUCGUGGACUUCCUCACGAAGCAGGACGCGAAGAGAGCCUUCCACGCACUGUGUCACAGCACCCACCUGUACGGCCGGAGACUGGUCCUGGAGUGGGCCGACUCGGAGGUGAGCCUGCAGGCCCUGCGGCGGAAGACGGCCGAGCACUUCCACGAGCCCCCGAAGAAAAAGCGGCCUGUGGUGUUGGACGAGAUCCUGGAGCAUCUGGAAGACAGUGAAAACGACAGUGAGGAGCAAACCCUUCAGCUGCGAGCUGGCACCGAGAGG